AUGGUAGAAGAAAGAAAUCAACCUAAAAUGGAUGCAAAAGCAAAACGGAUGAAGUUUCAAGAAACCGUGGGGAAGGGGGAAGAGGAUCGAAUCAGUGUGUUGCCAGAUUCUUUGAAUCUUGAAAUCAUCUCUCGUUUACCCUCCAUAAAAUCCGCAGUUAGAACAGACAAAUUAUUUUGCAACAACUCAAGCUUUACAGAUCUGAAUUUAGACAGCUGCAUAUUCAAUUCGAUUGGGGCAAUUAGUUGGAAAAAUCUGAGGAGUUUGUUUAUUAGUAAUGGGAAGUUAGAUGACGAUUCGAUUGAAAAUAUAUUAUCUGGUAGUCCUCUAUUGGAAACUUUGGAAUUGUAUGAUUGCUAUGGUUAUAGUCGGCUUGAUAUUACUUCAAAGACUGUUAAAAACUUGGUGUUAGAUGGAUAUAUUGUUCCUGAGGAUUAUAAUGAUGCUGGUAAUUUUACCAAUAUAGUUACAAUCAAUGCUCCUAAUAUUUUAUCACUAACAAUCCACGGUGAACUGCUGCUGUGGAAGGUUUUGUUGGUAAAUGUUUCUUCUUUAAUCGAAGCUAACUUAGAUUAUACACGCACACGACAAUACAAGACAUCACUUUAUGAAGCGGAUGAAGAUAUGCUUAAAGGAUUUAUACUAAACCUUCGCCAUGUCAAGGAGCUUAAAAUUGGAGAAUUGUGUUCUAAGGUUUUUUUUCAUUUGAGAGCUAAAGGUUUUAUUUUCCCAUCAAAUGUGAAGCUCAUGGUUUACUAG